AUGUCGCAGCAAGCGGGAGCCUCGUCGUCCUCGACGAGCUACACAAAGUACGCCAGCCUGCCGGACGUCGACACCUCGGCGCCCGACGUGUACGAAUACGAGGGUCCGAGCCGCACCGACGAUGCAUCGCAAAGUCGUCGUCAUCGAUCGCGCAAGCACCGCACACAGGGCGGUACGGACGCGGCCGAUUCGGACUCGUCCAGCGACGACUCGGAUCACAGCGCAGGCCAUCGCAAGCACGCGGGCGACGCCAAGGGAGCGGUGAAGAAUGAAGACAUCGACAGCUCCUCGUUGAAGCGCUCGGAUGCAGCGUCCAAAUUCACCGGCGCCACCGACUUGGACGCGGAUGCAGUCGACUUUUCGGGCCGAUUGCGCCAUCGAAGCGCACGAAAGAACAGGGCGGCCAGGCCGAUCGAUGCAGGAGUCGAGACGGCGACGUAUGCGCUGGAUGACGCGCGCCCAGCUGGCGAACGAGCCCAAGAGUCCGUGGUGGAUCGUUUGCGGAGGCUCAGGUUCGAGGCCAGCCAGUUGGAGGAGGAGCUCAAAGCCGAAGGCAGUGGCGCUGCGGGCGCUGACAUUGCCAAUGGCUCGGUGGAGGUGGACAGCACACAGAUGCUCAACCAGCUCAAGCUGCUGCACGACCAGCUGGCCAGAUUACCCUCACCCUCCGACCAAGUCGGCGCUGCAUCUUCAUCGCGCGAAACUGACCAGCAGACGUUCCGUGCGCUGCUGGAUCAGAUCAAGCAGGCGCCCUCGGCCGUUUCCGCUACCGAUGCCGGUGCAACACCGGCUGCUGGCACCGCGCCGGCCAAGACGACGGCCGAGACGCGCAGUGCGGAGGUGGUGCAGCUGGAAGCGCGGCUGAGCGAGCUCGAGUCGACGCUGGGCGUGCACGAGGCGCUGCUGGACGAGUCCAAGCCGGUUCCCCGUCCGGUGCUGUCGACGCUGUCUCGGCUCGAGCACCAGCUCUCGCUGCUCUCGCAACCCCGCCAUCUGGACGCCAUCAGCCGCCGCGUCAAGGUGCUCGUCACCGAGAUGGACCGCGCCAACGACAUGCGUCGCAAACUCACCGACGGUGUCGCCGAGGGAGCAGGUGGCGACGCGGCGUCCAAAACAGCUGCGACGCUCACGCCGGCCGAAAUGACAAAGCUGCAGCAGGUGUUUGAUGUGUCGAGGCGCAUCGAGCCGCUGCUCCCGCUCGUGCCGUCGGUGCUCGAGCGGCUGCAGACGCUGGCGGAACUGCAUGCGUCGUCGGCACACUUUGGCAGCGUGCUCGACGCGCUCGAGCAGGGCAGGGAGGCAAGGCAGGCUCAACAGAACGAGCUCGACGAGCUGCUGCACAAGAUGGAGGCCAACAUGCGCCAGAACAGCCAGACGGUCGAGGCCAACCUCGCCGCGCUGCAGCAGAGGAUCGAGGAUGUGUCGAGCAGGAUGCAGAAGCUCCACAAGAGUUUCUUCUUGCCAUCUCGCCACCGGCCAAGUUGCCUCGCCACCACCGUCUUCUCCUUCUCACCUUCCGUCGACUCUCCGUACGACAUCGACGUGUCGUAUUGGCAGCUCGCUCUCGCUAGCAUGGCUUCGGUUCCCAAGACCGACGUGGAGCAGCCCACGCCGGCGACCGACUUCAAGGACGACUCGACGUCCGAAUCCAUCCUGAGCGACUACAAGCGCACCAUCGAGCGCCAUGUGCUGCUGCGUCGGCUCGACAUCGUCGCGCAAAAGCUCAACCGGUUCUAUGUCGAGUCGGUGGGCAUCCGUCCACUUGCGCUCUCGGAACGCACGGGCACCGACUGGUGGAGCCCGAGUCUGGUGUGGUUCUCGAGCAACGUCAAUGUGCUCUCCUUCUCCGCAGGCACGCUCGUCAAGCUGCUCGAGAUGGACAUGCGCUCCGCCAUGCUCACCACCCUCUUUGUCGGCGCAUUCUGCUCCUUCUUCCCCGCCUACUUUUCGCUCUUUGGCCCCAAGCUUGGCAUGCGUCAGAUGAUCCAGUGCCGCUACUCGUUCGGCUACUUUGGAGCGAGCGUCAUCUGUGUGCUCAAUGCCGCAACGAUGCUCGGGUAUUGCAUCCUCAACUCGAUCGUUGGUGGACAGACCUUGUCGGCGGUUUCGUCGCGUGCGGACGGCACUUCGACCCUCACACCGGAUGUGGGGAUUGUGGUGGCGGCGUGCAUUGCGCUCGUGGUGUCGUUCAGCGGCAUCCGCGUGCUGCACAUGUUCGAACGCUUCUUCUGGCUCCCUACGCUGAUCUGCUUUAUGAUCCUCAUCGGAGAGGCAGGCACGGGGCCCAACGCGCUGCAUGUGGCGAGCAACGAGCCCAAGGCGACGGCACAGUCGAUCCUCGGCUUUGCAGCCAUCAUUGCAGGCUUUGUCAUCUCCUACUCGGCGCUUGUCUCGGACGUUUCGCACUACCUCCGACCGGAUGUUUCGCCGCACAAGCUUUUCUGGUCGGUCUACUGCGGCUUCUUCCUGUCGUGCGUGCCGUUCAUCAUGAUCGGUGCGGCGUUUGCAUGCUCGUCGUACGACAACGACGAGUGGUCCACCGCACUCGGUGUGUCGUCCGGUCGAUUCUUCCAGCUCAUCCUUGCGGGCAAUCUCGGCAACUUUGGCAGGUUUCUCGUGGUGCUGCUUGCGCUGUCCGUGUGUGGCAACAUCUCGGCAACGAUCUACAGCAUCGGACUCAACUUCCAGACCAUGCUGCCCUUCCUCGGACCCGUGCCGCGAUUCGUAUGGCCGCUUCUGGCCACGGCCAUCUUCUUGCCGCUGGCGAUCGUGGGUCACGACAAGUUCUACGAAACGCUCACCGAUUUUACGAGCGUGCUCGGAUACUGGGCGAGCUUAUAUGUGGGCGUUGUGUUUGCGGAUCACGUGCUGGUAAGGAGGAGGGACUAUGCGUCGUAUGAUGUCAAACACUGGAAUCAGUGGAAUAAGCUUCCGCCUGGAUUGGCGGCUCUGGGUGCAUGUGCCAUCUCGCUGGCGGUGGUGGUGCCCAGCAUCGACCAGGUCUGGUUCCAUGGACCCAUUGCAAAGCGCGCGGGCGAUCUCGGCUUCGAGACCGGUCUGGCGGCAAGCAUCGUGCUGUAUGUGCCGCUGCGCAUGCUCGAGAAGAAAGUGUUUGGCAGGUAG